AUUAUAAAGACUCUUCAGUACUGCCCACAGAAUUUGCUAAAAAGCUAGUGGAGCAGUUGGCAAAUGUGGAACAGUCGUUAGGGCUACCUGCACAUUGGACGUUAGCUAAAGUUCGACACCGAUGGUAUUACCGCUACAAAAAAUUGAAGAAAUCCCAGCCGGAACUUGUACAAAUCGACGCUCCCAUGGAAGAUACUUGA